GUCUUGGCCGUUAGAAACCUUGGGCAGCAGUACAAGAUGAGAUCCAUCGACACCAGCGCUUUGCGCACAAUCACACAGAGCUUCACUGCUCUCAACCCUCACGAAAUCAGAAAUUGGGAUCGUGCCCUAGGUGAAUGUUAUUGCAUUUUGGAUUCUUUUUCGAGUCAAAAUACAUUGAAAAAUGUCAAAACCGUCCUAUUCAAACAAUUCUCAGAGGCAAGAACUCUAUGGGACACGAGCGUCUUCAGCAACGUAUCCAACAUUGAGAAUAUCUUAGGCAAAGGAAGCGAACUUUGGGCUACCCUAGAACGCAUCGGAGAGCUAAGCAAGGUCGCUACCAAAAGCGAUUUGAUUCGAUUGGAAGUUAUCUCAUUUCAGGAAAAGCUCUCACUGACAGGCCCGGAGGUGGCCAGUUUAAGAAAAUCAUUUGUUGAUGUGAACAACCCCUCAUUGAUCGUGCAAGAGAAAGUUGAUGAGGCUUCGAAAGGUACCGAGAAACCAUUGCGUAUCUUCCACUGGAUCAUCAAAGACAGAGGCUCUCAAACAUCAGCGAUCUCGGAUCAAUGGGAUAUGGAACAGCCUUACGUGGAAAACCACCUACAACCUAUCAUUGCAAGACUUUCCAAUUCCAUCGCUCAGAUCCGCCCAUUACUCGAAGAGCUAAUUGCUUACACCGACGACCUUGCCAAACAUUUAGCGCAUUGCAUGACCUUGGUUCCUGACUUGCUCGAAUUGGCCUACUUCAGUGAUGCAGGCUAUUCCGUGUCAGAAUGGAUCAGCGAGUUUCCCAAGGACACUAUCUUGCAAGCAGCCGCUAAUCUCACAAAAAUGCGUACAACUACAACGAAGCCUGACCGCGUAUUCGUCGGUCGCGUUGAUACGGAUAAGUGGCCUGUCAACCGCGUACACUGGUAUGAUGACGGGAAUCGCUAUUAUCGAAAUCAUUCCAACUUCCACCCACACUACACGGAAGACGAGCAAUGGGUCAAAGGAAAGCUCAAAGGAGAUCCAGGAGAGAAAGACUUUCCCUGGUAUUGGGUCCGCGCCUCAUAUAACCCGAAACCCGUCACGCGCCAGGCUGUCUCCUUGCCCCAGACUUGGUCUGAACCCCCGCAUGUCCUCGUAGGCUUACGAACGAUUGACUGUGGAACAAGGGAAAGUCUCCGUGCCAGUUGCUAUGCAGAAAACAUCGAUAACCAAGGAUUCGACAUUGUGAUUGACUACUGGGACGAGGGGACCGACAUGAAGCAAUUGGAGGUAUUUUAUAUGGCCAUCCCUCGGACAGAUAGAGACAUUCAGAGCUCCUUGAGGGCAGUCAGGGCGACCUCAGAUUGGCACUAUUCGGGCGACAAUCAGGAAAGAAGCUGCCGUCAAGAGAUAAUCUUCGACAGAGAGUACUCCAAGAAGCCAACGGUGCUCGUCUGGCUGAGCAGCAUCGACUCCUCCAAUCAGACGACUCACCGCUUCGAAGUCCUGGCCGAGGAUGUGACCACUCGAGGUUUUACUAUGCGCUUCCGCACCUGGCUCGGGAGUAAGUUCUUCGGCUACGCCGCGAGCUGGGUUGCGUUCAGCGCUGAUAGGACGGAUAUUGAGCACCACACGUUCCGUCCUGGCGAGGGUCCUAGGUGGUGUCACUUCUACGGGCUGACCAAGCUGGACAUGAUCGAAACCAAGCCUACGAGGAUUUGGAUGAAGUUGAACGAUGUGAAUAAGCCGGUCGUGAAAACAUGGGAUGACUCGAUACUGUUCGAUGCGCAGUACGUGGGGAUUAGAAUGGAGGGACACGAUGUCUGGCCAUAG